GUCAAAUUUACAUAUUUCCAUGUGUUGGAUUUGUUUAUUGAAUCAUUUAAUGUUUGGAUUGGAAAUCCGUAAUUUUUAUUUUCUUUUUUUUCUCUUAUGAUUUUAUCUACUUAUUAUUACUAUAAAUAAUUCAUUCUUUAAAACUGGCCGAGCUCCAUAAUAAUUUCGGUAUCUGGGAUAUUGAAGCAGGGUUCAAGUUGAGGGACUGUUUAUAUAAUAUCUCAGUCUGGUGCCUCUGUGAUGGAGGGAGUAUCCGCGGAGGUGCGUGUGAAAGAGGAGACCGACUGGGAGCACAGCGCGCACGAUGGUAUCGUGUUGUUGCCGGUACACAAGCGGGUGAAGGAGGAGCCCUUAUGCUCCGACAUGGAAUGUAAAGGCACCAGGUACGAACAGGACAAAGCAAGGCUUGUGCUGGACCACGGACAGUAUAUAGCGGAUAAGGUUAAAGAAGAAAUAGAACAGGUGAAGGACGAGCAAUACAAGGAGCCCUCGUGCUCCGACACGGGAUCUGGUGUCCCCGGGCUCUAUGCCGAACAGGACAAAGCAGAGCUUGUGCCGGAGCAAGGGCAGUCUAUAUUGAUCCGGGAUAAGGUUGCAAACGAAAUAGUAUCCGCUAAACAAGAUCCACUGCACCAGCACCAAUCUCCAGAGAGUCACGCUGGAGAGACUGCUGAUCAACGAAAGGCUGUAGCGGGUCCUUCGCAAGACAUCGACGAAAUCUUUGAAUGCGAAACUUGUGGCAAAACAUUCAAUCAAAUAUUCUUUUUAACCUCACAUAUGCAACUACACAAGUACAACUUUGAGAUCGUUGAGACUGAAACGAAAACAUACUCCUGCGAUACGUGCGAAAAACAAUUUGCGACUAAAAAACUUUUAUAUGAGCACGAGUUGACACACAUAGCCCAUGAGUACCCUUGCGAAAUUUGUGGUAAAACGUUUAGUUUUUUGCAUCAACUGACGAAUCAUACUAGAGUUCACACAGGUGAGAAACCAUAUAAGUGCACAAUGUGUACGAAACAAUACGCGUGGCAUACCACUUUAGCUAGACAUGAACGAAGACACAAUGAGGAAAAACCGCAUGUUUGGUAUGUAUAAGCGCUUUAGAUAUUACUGUAAAUUGACUACCCAUAGACAGGCGCAUACAACCGAAAGACGCAAAAAGACGUUAUCCUGUGACGAAUGUGAAAAACUGUUUUACGAUAAAUAUGCUCUAGCUGUUCAUAUAAGGGUUCAUACUGGUGAAAGACCCUACACCUGCGAAAUAUGCGGAAAAAAUAUACAAGCAAAGCUAGUUUAAUCAGUCAUGGUAGAAGUCAUAGUGGCGGGUACUCAUGCCAAAUAUGUAAAAAGACAUGCAUUCAAGUAAUUUAAGGUAUCAUACUAAAAAGCAUCACAGUUAGACAGUGCCGAAAGAUAUUCAAGAACGUAUUGAAAAAUAGAAUAAAAACUUUGGGCUCCUUGAUUUUAGAUUUAAUCUAGUCAUUAAUUUAGUUUAGUAAUACCACUGUAUAUAUGUAAUAAGUCUGUAAAAUUAUAAAUUAUAAUUAUAAUGUCAAAAUAAGACACUGGUUUCAUAUAUCUUUAUUGCGUCCAUGUUCAUCUUUACAUAGGAUGGUAUUAAAUAAAAUAUUAUAAAGUCGGUACAUGA